AUGGUCGUUUCUGGUGACAACUGCACCACAAACGCCCCCUGCACCCGUGUUACUUGGCUACAUCAGGCUGUGGGGGAAGGGAAUUGAGCAUCAAGUGUAGAACAGAUUCGAGAGGUGGCUGGAGGCCAUGUGCGUAUCCGUGGGGAGACUUUGGGCAUCAUUGGACUAGGCCGAGUUGGACAGGCAGUGGCUGUGCGAGCCAAGUCCUUUGGCUUCAACGUGAUUUUCUAUGAUCCCUAUCUGCCGGAUGGAGUGGAGCGAUCCUUGGGUUUACAACGAGUAGGAACCCUGCAGGAUCUACUAAUGCACAGCGAUUGCAUCACAUUGCACCGCAGCCUGAACGAACAUAACCAUCACCUCAUCAAUGACUUCACUAUUAAACAGAUGCGCCAGGGCUGCUUCUUAGUGAACACAGCCCGCGGAGGGCUGGUAGAUGAGAAAGCCUCAGCACAAGCCUUGAAAGAGGGGAGAAUCAGAGGAACAGCAUUGGCCGUACAUGAGUCUGAGCCUUUCAGCUUUGCUCAGGGACCCUUAAAAGAUGCACCCAAUGGGAUCUGUACCCCUCACACCGCCUGCUACAGUGAGCAGGCUUCCAUUGAAUCCAGAGCAGGUGCAGCUAAAGAGAUCCGCAGAGCUAUUACAGGUCACAUACCUGAUGCUUUGAGGAACUGUGUUAAUAAGGAGUACCUGCUGUUAGCAGCUCAGUGGUCCAGUAUUGAUCCUGCAACUGUCCACCCAGAACUCAGUGGAGCUGCAGCUUACAGGUUUCCUCCAGGAGUAGUGGGAGUAGCCACGCCUGGGCUACCAGAACCGCCAGUAGUGGAAGGGAUCGUAGCUCAUGGGAUCCCUCCUGUUUCUCACCAUGCACCGCGUACCCCUUCCCCAGGAGACACGAGCAAACUGGAUGCAGACAGAGAGAUUCCUGCUGACCAAUAGCAGCAUCUUUCUCUCCUCUGGCAGCAGA